AUGUCCUGGCAAGCCUAUGUUGACAGCAGCCUUGUUGGCUCUGGCAACAUCGACAAGGCCGCUAUCUUCGAUGACCAAGGCACUAGCCCCUGGGCCACGUCUGCUGGGUUCCAGGUGAACCCGGAGGAGAUGAAAUUCAUAGUAGCCUCGUUCAAGCCGACCAAGCCCGGCGACAUAAAGGAAAUACAGAGCAAGGGCUUCCACCUCGGUGGAGACAAGUAUGUCACCUUGAAGUCGGAUGACAGCAGAGUCUACGGAAAACUUGGAAAGACUGGGGUCAUCAUCGUGAAGACCAAGAAGGCCCUGCUCAUUGCACACUACCCGGAAAAUGUCCAACCAGGUGCCGCUACUAACACCGUGGAAGCCCUGGCAGAGUACCUCAUCGGCGUGGGCUACUAG